AACCCACUGCACUCGCCGGCCCCUUAGCUACUAGCAAAUUACUAGUAGUCGGCUUCUUCCUCUCGCUUCCCAGCUGCCUCCGCUCACCACUCGCUCCAGAGUGCAAGUGCUCUCACCCUCUCACUCUCCUCCUCUCACACUACACAGUAACAACACUCCCCGGCGGAGUUCACCAGCUAGCUCUCGGUAUAAGCAGGCAUUGAAACCCUAUCCUUUUCAGGUCUCUCUCACCUUUUCUUUUUCGUUCUCCGUUCACUCCUAUUUCCGUUUGCACGCUUGCUCUUGACCCGAGCUCCCACACGUACAUCACUACUGCAUAAAUAGGCGAGCUGCUGCGAGAGCCAGAGACGACGAGGACGAAGAGGAAUUAAGCCAAGGAUCGAGGUGCUGUAGCUUCGUAGCGACUGGUGUCUCUGAGCAAAGCUACGACCGCCGCGCGCCGCUCGCCGGAGAAAUGUCGUCGGGCCGGCGUGGCAGGAUCAGCGACGACGAGAUCAACGAGCUCAUCUCCAAGCUGCAGGCGCUGCUCCCGGAGUCCUCACGCCGCCGGAACGCCAGCCGGUCGUCGGCGUCGAAGCUUCUGAAGGAGACGUGUGCCUACAUCAAGAGCCUGCACCGGGAGGUGGACGACCUCUCGGAACGGCUGUCGGGGCUCAUGUCGACCAUGGACAACGACAGCCCACAGGCCGAGAUCAUCCGGAGCCUCCUCCGGUGACCCGGCCAUGCCACCCCCGCGCGCGCGGCCGGUGGCCCUCUGCCCGCCAUCUAGCUAGCUGCUGCAGCCGCCAGCGCAGCUGCACUGAAGACGACGACGACAGACGAGCUUGCUUGCUCGUUUGCUACGACGACGACCUUAAUUAUGUUACUUUGUUUUUAAUUUCUUCUUCUUCUUCUUCGGAUGUUGUGUGUUUGUUUCCGUGUUUAAUUAAUUCAAGAGCAAGAGCUCUUGCUCGGAAGAGACGACGACCAAGGGUUCUCUCGAUCUUCUCGUGUACCACGGCAUGCUGAUGAUGCAGGGGUUAGUAGAGAUAUAUAUGGACUUCUAUUGACCGACUAAGCAGGUACCACGUACUGGUAGUGGUAGGUUUGUAGUUGCAGUAGACUACUGUAGCAGCUCUAUAUAUGUUGCAGAUGCGUCCGUCCUGAGAGUUGUUGUUUUGUAGAUUGCAUGCCGCUCUUGUCUCUGUCCUUAGCUUGCCAAUGGGCAGACAAGGAGCUUAACGACGACCACUCUGUCUGCAGGAGACAAAUAUAUAUACUACCAUGUGCUUUCCCUGUCUUUUAUUUCAUCCUGAUGUAACUUGCAUGGUAAUGUACUCCAUCCAUCCGUCAUUUUUUUGGAAGAUGUAUCUUAGUUCUUUUAGAAAAAAAUGUUUAA